AAGACGCCGGAUGGAGGGUGCCGCGGGUAAAGGUUUUACCAAUUGAAGAACUGGAAUCAAACAACCUACGCCGUUUCCGACAGAACGAUUUCAGAUUAAGGUCGUCAUAUGUCUUUGGAGGUGGGUGCGAGAGAGGAUAUGUUUUGUUGCUCAUAAGGACUUUAUGGAGCAAAUAAGAUGCAGAAAUAUGGUUUCAUCUUCUUCUUCUUCUUCUUCUUCUUUCCACAGUACUGUAUACAAAGAGAUAGAAGAAAUUGGAUGGGAGAAUCUGCUGAGUCUGAGUGAAGACCUAAGGCUUCUCAGCAUUUUGAUCCCGGACAAGAGAGGAAAAGUAUACACUUUAGAAAUUCUUUUGGAUGAAACCCAUCCAAAAGGUCAACCUUCUCUUGCAGCGGACGUGCCUCAUAUGUUUGAUGUGGAUUGGUCAAAAAAGUCAACAAUAAAAGAUGUUGUUCAUCAGUUUCUAGAGCAUGUGGAUAAACUUGGUGACCUGUGGUCUACAUUGGAUAACAUUGAUCAAUGUCUUUGGGUAGUAGAUCCUAAAGAUGUUAGUCAUUCAAUAUUACAUCGUCAAAUCAAGAUAGAAGAUAGUUGUUCUCUGGUACUGAGUAUAAAUGCUGACGAUCCCAGAUCACUACCAGAAUGUCGUUUUAUUGGUUCAGAUCCAGAGGUAAAUACUUUCAGAGACACGUGGAGGAGAAACUGCAAAAAGUGGAGAAAGGACAAUCAUGUCUCUGAAAACCUUGCUGUUGUAUUGGAAACUCAACUUCCAGGACCUCCUUCUAAUAACCACAAGAAUGAACAGCAAGUUGAAUGCGGCAUUUGUUAUGCACAGUGUCUUCCUUUUGACGAUGAGCUUGGAGAUAAAAGUGGAAGUGAGACUGACUAUACAUGCGAGAAUGGGAACUGCAAUAGGUCUUUCCACACGAUUUGUCUUGAAGAUUGGUUGCGGUCAAUCUCAAGUACGAGACAGUCAUUUGAUGUAUUAUUUGGGACUUGUCCUUACUGUUCAGACCCAGUUGCUGUGAAAAUCAAUCCCAAACGAGUGAACUUCUGACAAGCUCAAGAACAUAUCUAAAAGACUGCAAACAUUUUGUUUUGUUGGUUGAAUUCAGAGAAUUCCUUGAAGAUGCUUCAGAGGUAUGAGUUAAUCGAAUAAAUUGAGCGCAUUUUGGCUAUGUUUUUGCACCAUGACAUGUUUUUUACCGAGAUUGAACACCUUAGCUAAGGGUUCUUUUUUUCGAGAUCAAUGAGAUCUACU